CUCCAAGCAACGGGGUGUGCGCGUGCUCGGUGUUUGCUCAUUUACACGUGUUUUGCAGUGAAAUUGAUUUUCCCUCGACAAUUAGGUCAAAAUAAUAACAACUAGUGCAUUCUGCAUUAGUGACUUUGACACAAUUUUUCUAUUAUAAUGGCAAAAUCACUGAGGAGUAAGUGGCGAAGGAAAUGCAAGGCUGUCAAACGUGAACGUUAUGGAGCCAAAGAACUUGCUAGGUUGAAGAAGACCCUUGGUAUCGAUGAUAAUGCCACACAACAGGACGUGGAAAUGUCAGAUAUAACAGAGAUCACAACAGGUUUAGUUAUCGCAACCGUUACCACAGCAGAAAAGAUCAAAGAAACCAUAAAACCUAAGGGGGAAACCCCACAGGAGGGAGAGAUGCAAGUGGAGGGCAAGAGAGUGUACAAUAAGAGGACGAUGCAGGACCAGUAUGGUAAUUACCCAGUGUGGAUGAAUAAGAGGAGAAUAGUCAAGCACAAAAAGGGAAGGGGUAAAAACGCCAAAGCUACGACGAAACAGAGUAAACGAUUGACGAGGAAACAGAAGAAAAAGGUCCAAGCGAAGUGAACAAGAUAGUGCAUUAAGGAUGUUUAUUCAUUUUUCAAAAAUCUAAUUUUGUCAUGUUCGAGGAAAUAAUCGGUAAUUUCUUAGACUGAUGAAGGAAUACAUAGAACCAACAUUUCUGAUAGUUAAUAAAAAUCAAUUGCUGUAUUUUCGAUGAAAUUAAAUAAACAAAUCUUUUAUUAUA